UCCCAAAACAUGGAAAAUAUUAACAGAGCUUAUCAAGUGCUAAAGUCACCACUAGAACGUGCUGAGCAUUUGCUGGAUUUUUUUGAUGUGAAAAGCCAAAAGGACCACUUAAAUUCUGAAAUAUUAAGUGAAUCAAUGGAAAUAAGAGAGUAUUUGCUGGACUGCGACGAUCUACAAUUUGCAAGCAGGAUGAUUGAUGAAAAAAUAAAAGAUUGCGUUAAAAACCUAAUUAACACUUUUGCUGUAAAGAAUUUUGAUGGAGCUGCUACACAAGUCUUAAGAUUGAAAUAUUUAUAUAAGUCAUUUGAGGAGGUGAAAAAGAAUGCAACCAAUUCAAAUUUCUGAACCAAAUUCAAGUGAAGUAGUUUUUGGUAUAGAUCUUGGUACUACCAAUUCUUUGAUUGCUAUGGUAAAUAAAGCUGGUAACGUGGAGAUAUUUAAAGAUGAACAAGGAAGAGAACUGCUGCCUUCUGCUCUUUCAUAUGAAAAUAAUACAUUGAAAACUGGCUACGAUGUCGGUCAAAAUGCAAUCUACUCAAUAAAGCGUUUAAUGGGUAAAAGUGUUGAAGAAUUAAAUAAAGAAGGCCUCAAUUUUGAAAUAGAUCAUGAAAGCGAAAAAGUUAUUAGAAUAAAAUGCGCAGAGGAAAAGUAUCUUACUCCUAUUGAGAUUUCUGCUGAGAUAUUAAAAGCUUUAUGUGAGAGGGUAAAAAAGUCUAAGGGACUGGAAGUAAAAAAAGCAGUGAUUACUGUGCCAGCUUACUUUGACGAUUCAGCACGUAACGCAACUAAAUAUGCGGCAAAAUUAGCUGGCAUAGAAGUUCUUCGCCUCGUUAACGAGCCAACCGCUGCAGCGCUUUCUUACUCCAUUGAAAAGAACAAUAGCAGUGGAAUAUAUGCAGUUUAUGACCUUGGUGGUGGAACAUUUGAUAUUUCGAUAUUGAAAUUGCAUCAAGGAGUGUUUCAAGUUCUUGCGGUUGGUGGUGACACCAAACUCGGCGGUGAUGAUUUUGAUCAUUUGCUGAGUUCAAUUGUGAUUGAUAAGUAUAGAGAAAAGACGGCUAAGCAACUAAAUUCCUUACUUAUCGAAUCACGUAUUGUAAAAGAAUACCUGAGCAAAAACACCUCAGGCAUUUUUGAAUUCAGCAUUAACGGCAAGCCAUUUGAAUGUGAAAUUACCAGAGAAGAAUUCGAGCAGGCAAUAAGUCCUUUAGUUAAUAGGACUAUCAAUAUAGUCACUCGUACUAUAAGCGAUAUAGAUCUUAAAAUUGACGAUAUAAAAGGAGUAAUUUUAGUUGGUGGUGCAACUAGAACACCAUUGGUUCAAAAUUCACUAGUCAAACUCUUUGGAAAUAAAGUACUAAAUGACGUGGAUCCGGAUAAAGCAGUUGCCAUUGGGGCAGCUCUGCAGGCUCAUGAUUUAAUUUCGAGCUCAAAAGAUAGAAAUAUUCUCCUGGAUGUUCUACCUUUAUCACUUGGCAUAGAAACUAUGGGAGACAUAGUUGAAAAAAUCAUACCAAGAAAUACGCCACUACCAGUUUCAGAGAUAAAAGAGUUUACAACUUAUGUUGAUGGGCAAACAGCAAUGAAAAUUCAUGUUUGUCAGGGAGAACGUGAAAUGAUAGAGGAUAACAAAUCUCUAGCGCAGUUUGAACUAAAAGGUAUACCGCCACUGCCUGCAGGUUCUGCAAGAGUUGAAAUAGAAUUCACAGUUAACGUUGACGGAAUCUUGACUGUUACUGCAAGAGAAAAAACCACCAGAAUCGAGCAGACAGUUGAAGUAAAUUCAAGUUUUGGCUUGAGUGAAGCUGAUAUUCAAAAUAUGGUUGACCAGUCAAUAAACAGCUUUGACGAGGAUAUGAAGGCUCGUUCCCUUGCAGGCGCUAAAAUUAAUGGAAAUAAACUCAUACACUUGGUUGAAAACAAUAAUAACCUUUCCACUGAUCAAAAGUUGAAAAACCUAUUACAAAAUGCAAAAAACGCUUUACAAGGCAAUGACUUGAAUGAAAUUAACAACACUAUCGCCGAGUUAGAAAAUUCUUCUUUAGAGUUGUGUGAAUUAACAAAUAGGUAGAAAAAGCUUACACAACCUUGUGCAAUACCCUAUUUAAUCUCAAAGCAACAGGUAACCUGAAAUUAAAUGGUAACCAAUCGACCUUUCCUAAUUUAAAUGAUAAACCAACUAUGCUUACACGCCCAAUGAUAUUUUCCAUUGGUACAAAACCAACUUCAGGAAACCUACUAUCUAAAGAAUUAUUUCUAUUGUCUCCCAUAACGAAAAAUUGAUCGUUAGGUACAUAAUAAACCGGAGUGUUAUAUGAUAGCUUAUUAGAAAUGUCAUCUACCAAAAUCUCAUGUUCCUUGCCACUUAAAAGCGUUUCUAUAUAUCUUGGUAUGUUACGAUUUGACUCAUAAUCAAAAAAACUUUCAAUUUGCCUUCGCUUUACUUUCUGAUCAUUUAGGUAUAAUUCUCCCUCUAUCAUUUGCACUUUGUCACCUGGUGUUCCUAUUACUCGCUUAACA